CUCGUUUCCUCUCCAUCUCUCGUUUAUCCAAAGCAGCACAAAAUAAAAUAUAAGGAACAGAAUAUAGUCUCAACCAUAUCGCCCCUGUGCUUAAUUUUAAGGCUAAGAUUGAAAUAGACAUGAAACAGUCAAAUUGUUGCUGCUAAAAUUUAAUUGUUACAUUCAUUGAGAAAGAAUUUGAGAAUGGGCACUGGAGUGUCAAAGAGUACAGAGGACGGUGGUUCCCACGGUGGCGAAGCGAGAGAGGAGAUGCUUGACCAAGCCGGUGGUCAACUCUAUGUCUCGUUGAAGAUGGAGAAUUACAAGCUUAAAGGCGAGCUUAUUCCUCACGUUUAUGGCUCUGAUCCACUCGUUGGUUCUUGGGACGCUUCUAAAGCUCUUUCAAUGGAGCGUGAAUCUGCGUCAAUGUGGGAACUCAGCUUUGUUGUUCCUCCUAAUCAUGAAACUUUGGAUUUCAAGUUCCUUUUGAGGCCAAAGUACGGCAGUGGUCCUUGCAUAGUUGAAGAGGGUCCAAACAGAGUUCUCACUGGUGGUACCUUACAGGGGGAUGCCAGGUUGGCAUUUUUUAGGCUAGAUAGUGAAGAACUUCUUGAGAGUCGAGUGUUCAUAAAAGCAGAUAGGGUUUCACCCUUUGAUCUAGCUGCCAGUUGGAGAGCUUACCAGGAGAACCUGCAGCCUUCAACUGUGCGUGGAAUUCCUGAUGUCAGUAUUAAUUCAGUGAGGCAAGUGGGUCCUGAGCAGAGUGGCUCUUCAGCUAGUUUGGAGCUUGAUCUUGAACAUUAUGUUGUCCCAGCUCCAGCUACUUCUGCCAACUCAGGUCUGGUUUAUGCAGCCAACAAUACAGAGACACCGAGGUCAUUAGGCCGUACUGGUGUUUUCUCUAAUGCUGAUGGCUCAGGCAGUGUUUCACAUAGUAGUAUUUCUACUGAUCGUCCUGCAACUAUAAAGGAGAUCGAGGUCAUUGUUCCAGACCCAUCAAAGGUGUAUUCUGGUUCUGGGAUGGUUGAAUCAAAGUCAGUGGGUACAUUUUCUCCUUUGCAGAAGCAAGAUAGUCACAGGGGAAUCUUUGUGGAUAGGGGUGUUGGAUCUCCCAGGCUAGUGAAAUCAGCUAGUGCAAGUACUUUCGCUAUGGACCUCAAAUUGGAUAGUGAAACCAAGAAUUCAAUGCCAGCAGCUGCUGGAGCUGUUGCCGCUGCAGCUGUAGCUGACCAGAUGCUUGGGCCAAAGGAGGAUCGACAUUUGGCAAUUGUCUUGGUUGGUUUGCCUGCCCGAGGGAAGACUUUUACUGCUGCUAAACUUACAAGAUAUCUUCGCUGGUUGGGGCAUGAUACCAAACACUUCAAUGUUGGGAAGUAUCGGCGCCUUAAGCAUGGAGCUAAUCAGUCUGCUGACUUUUUCCGAGCUGACAAUCCUGAAGGCUUGGAGGCUCGUAAUGAGGUAGCAGCCCUGGCAAUGGAGGAUAUGAUAUCCUGGAUGCAAGAAGGUGGCCAGGUUGGAAUAUUUGAUGCUACUAACAGUACGAGGAAGCGAAGGAAUAUGCUGAUGAAAUUGGCAGAAGGAAAAUGCAAGAUUAUAUUUUUGGAAACAAUUUGCAAUGAUCGAGACAUUAUUUUAAGAAACAUACGUCUGAAAAUUCAACAAAGCCCUGACUAUGCUGAACAACCUGAUUUUGAAGCUGGAUUACAAGACUUCAAAAUUCGACUAGCCAAUUAUGAAAAGGUUUAUGAGCCAGUAGAAGAGGGCUCUUAUAUUAAAAUGAUUGAUAUGGUCAGUGGACAUGGUGGACAAAUACAAGUCAACAAUAUCAGUGGCUAUCUUCCAGGACGAAUCGUCUUUUUCUUGGUGAAUACACAUCUAACACCCCGUCCAAUAUUGCUUACUAGGCAUGGAGAGAGUCGGGAUAAUGUUAGAGGUAGAAUUGGGGGUGACACUGUAUUGAGUGAUAAAGGAGAAAUUUAUGCAAAAAAACUUGCCAACUUCAUUGCGAAGCGUCUGAAAUCUGAAAGGGCUGCUUCUAUAUGGACAAGCACACUACAGAGGACAAUUUUGACAGCAAGUCCAAUUGUUGAAUUUCCCAAGAUACAAUGGCGGGCACUUGAUGAGAUAAAUGCUGGAGUUUGUGAUGGAAUGACAUAUGAAGAGAUAAAGAAGAAUAUGCCUGAGGAGUAUGAGGCUCGUAAAAAGGACAAACUAAGGUAUAGGUAUCCACGUGGAGAAUCUUAUCUUGAUGUUAUCCAGAGGCUUGAACCUGUAAUCAUUGAGCUGGAACGACAACGGGCACCAGUUGUGGUGAUCUCUCACCAGGCAGUAUUAAGGGCAUUAUAUUCUUAUUUUGCUGAUAGGCCUCUGAAAGAAAUUCCCCACAUUGAGAUGCCGCUUCAUACUAUAAUCGAGAUACAGAUGGGAGUUUCGGGUGUCCAAGAGAAAAGAUACAAACUCAUGGACUGAACCCAAGCGAGUAAUUUGUGCUUUAACAAAAACUGAAUUCCGAUGCAUUUUUCAGAAUUCAUAAGGAAAAUGUAACCUUUCUGGAAAUGUAACACUAUUUAUUGAAUUUAAGUCUUGGGAAAAACCCAAGUGCUCUUCAUAAAUUCCACUCUUUGUUGCCAUUGAUUAAAUGCAUAAAGUGAUAAAUUUCUCUGUUAA